CCCCUCGUCCCGCCCCGCCUCCGGGCAUCCGGGCAGCCCCCAUCCCAGGCGAGCAGCCGGCAUAAAGGGUGGACCGGGCCACGCCGCCGCGCUGUCUGCUUCCUGGUCAGUGCUCUCUGAGCUCGCUCCCGGAGCCUCGGCCGCCACGCCACGCCGGGCAGGCGGAGGUGCCCUCGCUGUCCUUCGGCUCGGCAGGCGGAGGUAUCCUGAUGUUUCUGCCAGAAAACUUUCUGGAAUUACCAUCUGUGUUCCAGUACUUGCCUAUACCUUUUCAGGCCUGGCCAUGUUUCCCAUGUGAAAAACCUGAGACUCAUGAUAACGCAUAUAAACCUUUUCAUUCAUCAGGUAUCUGAAGAAAUAGUCUCAAGAUGAACUUUUUCCUGGAAACACUGAGAUUCAUUGGACUUCUUAUUUAUUACUGGUUGGAAACGCUGGUGUUCUUCAUUGUGCCUAAACGGAAGAAGAAUGUUAGUGGUGAAAUAGUAUUAAUAACAGGAGCAGGAAGUGGCGUUGGAAGACUCUUAUCUUUAAAGUUUGCCAGGCUAGGAGCCACAGUAGUUCUCUGGGACAUCAAUCAAGAGGGGCUGAAGGAGACAAGUAGACUGGCCAGAGAAAAUGGAGCUGCUAGAGUCCACUGUUACAUCUGUGACUGCAGCAAAAGGCAGGAGGUCUACACAGUAGCUGAUAAGGUAAAAAAAGAAGUUGGUGAUGUUAGCAUCUUGGUCAACAAUGCUGGUAUUGUAACUGGGAAGACUUUUCUCAAUAUUCCAGAUUCGCUUGUGGAAAAAACCAUGGAAGUCAACACAAUGGCACACUUCUGGAUCUACAAAGCCUUCCUGCCAGCAAUGGUGGCCUCUAACCAUGGGCACUUGGUUAGUAUUGCAAGCGCAGCGGGACUGGUUGGAGUCAGUCAUCUUUCUGAUUACUGUGCAAGUAAAUUUGGAGCAGUUGGUUUUGCAGAGUCUAUUUUUUUUGAGUUGAGAGAUCUGGGGAAGACUGGUGUUAAAACCACAAUCGUGUGUCCCUUCUUCAUAAACACAGGAAUGUUUGAUGGCUGUAAAAGCAAGUGGCCAACUCUGCUCCCUGUCCUGGAGCCAGAGUAUGUGGCUGAGAAGGUAAUCACUGCUAUUCGAAGGGACCAAGAAAUAUUGAUGCUACCACGCAUUGUUUAUCUUUUAGUAGCUUUGAAAAGUAUCCUACCAGUGAAAAUAGGUGUUCUCUUUGCGGAUUAUUUUGGAGUCCUUGAAGCCAUGCAUACCUUCAGGGGUCGAUCAAAGAAGGAAUGAAAAAGCACAAAAUUGAGAGAGCAGCAACUCUCAAGUGGACACUGUAAAAGGUGGUGGGAGAGGCCAGCUUCUAUAGCAGCCUGGAACUUAAGGUGCUGACUUCUCUUUUGCUAUGGUUUUUAAGGUUAAUCAACAGCUCUCACCUGAUCUAUUUUUAAUCCAGCGUACUGUUU